AUGGGACAUUUGGAAUUAGUUUCAAAUCAUAGUUUAAAUCGAGAAUAUAAACUAUGUAUUCUUGGUGAAGGUGCUGUUGGAAAAACUUCUCUUGCAACACAAUUUGUACAAGGUAUUUUUAUUUGUAAAUAUGAUCCAACUAUUGAAGAUGUUUUUAAAAAAACUAUUGAAAUCGAUGGUAAACAAUCUAUUAUCGAAAUUCUUGAUACAGCUGGAACGGAAAAAUUUACAGCAAUGCGUAAUUUAUAUAUAGAAAAUAGUGAUGGUUUUGUUAUUGUUUAUUCAAUAAUAUCUCAAGUAACAUUUGAUCAACUUCAUUUAGUUUAUAAUCAAAUUAUGAAUAUUAAAAAAGAACAACCGGCAAUCGUACUUGUUGGAAAUAAAGUCGAUUUAUCUGAUACGAAAAGAAUUGUUCAUAGACAUAAAGGUCAAACAUUAGCUGAUGAAUGGAUGUGUCCUUUUUAUGAAACAUCAGCGAAAGAUUCUAUCAAUGUUCAUGAAGUUAUUAUUUAG